UGUCACGAGGGCGGAAGCGGAAAUGAUUUCUGUUUGUGUUUGCCAUCAGUAGCAGAUCGAUGAGGGCAGGUAGAAACGUCAGUUUUUAUCAUUUUAAUCGUUAUUCGGAUUUAGCUUUUGUCCCCCCAACACACGUUAAUGGAGUCUUGCGGUAAGGACGGAGUUAAAGGAGCCGUGCUGCACAUCGUCGUGGUCGGCUUCCACCACAAGAGGGGCUGCCAGGUGGAGUUCUCUUACCCCCCCAUCAGUGAUGAGGGUCAUGACAGUAACUUGUUACCUGAUCAGUGGAAGUACCUACCAUUCCUCGCUUUGCCUGAUGGAGCGCACAACUAUCAGGAUGACACAGUGUAUUUCCUCCUGCCCCCACUGAGAGAAGACAUGAAGUGUGUGUAUGGUGUUUCUUGCUACAGACAGAUCGAAGCCAAGAUGCUGAAGGUGAGACAGGCUGAUGUCACCAGGGAGACGGUGCAGAAGAGUGUGUGUGUGCUUAGCAGAGUGCCGGUUUUCGGGCUGAUUGCGGCGAAGCUGCAGCUGAUCACACAUGCCUACUUUGAAGAGAAGGACUUCUCACAGAUCUCCAUCCUAAAGGAGCUGUAUGAUCACAUGAAUGCUUCUCUACGGUUCCCAACACUGGAGGGAUCACAGCUGUAUCUGGGUUUAUCUGCACGAGAUUUAAUUCUGCACUUUAAACACAAGGUCCUAAUGCUGUUUAAGUUGAUUCUGCUGGAGAAAAAGGUGCUGUUCUAUGUUUCUCCUGUUAACAGAUUAGUGGGGACCCUGAUGACCGUUCUCUCAUUGUUCCCUGGUAUGAUCGAGCGGGGCCUGCCUGACUCGUCUCAUUAUCAUCCUAAAAGCAGCCAAUCUGAGAGUGCUGACAUCAUUAAGAGCGUAGACCUAACAGAGAACACAGAAGUAUUCAUCGCUGAGCCCACAGGGAACCAAGCAGAGGGCUCCACUGGUCCUAAGGGGAGUCCGAGCUCGCCUGAUUGGCUGGAUAGCGAGUGGGAGAGUCUGGACCCGCUGGACGAGGAGGAGGAGGAGAAGCAGGAGCAGGGAGGUGGGCAAAAAAUGGCACAGACGGAGUGUAUAGAGACGGAGUCUACAGCGCCCAUCACUGUUCAACCCAAAGCCACACCUGCUCAGACUGAUACCCAAACACACAGUGCUACACAAACACAAGCUACACACCCACACACUCCCUUGCAGGACGUAGACCCCUGUGGCCUGCCGCCCGCCAUUUUCACUAAGGGUUACCUGUGUUUGCCGUACAUGGCUCUCCAGCAGCAUCACCUGCUCUGUGAUGUAAGAGUUCGGGGGUUUGUUGCUGGAGCAACCAACAUCUUGUUCCGUCAGCAGAGACACCUGAGUGAUGCCAUCGUAGACGUGGAAGAGGCUGCUAUCCACAUUGCUGACCCAGAGUUGCGGCGUGUCCUCAGCCUGACCACAGCUGACCUGCGCUUCUGCGACUUCCUGCUGAAGAGUGUGAGUGAUCACAGUGAGGAUGUAUUUCUGGACGGAACCGGCUGGGAGGGAGGAGACGAAUGGAUCAGGGCUCAGUUUGCACUCUACAUACACACCCUAUUGGCAUCCACACUACAGCAAGAUAACGAGAAGCUGCUGGCAGAUUAUGGCUCUGCGUUCAUCUCCACCUGGAAGAUCACACACAACUACAGAGUGUGGUCCAGCACACACCAUCCAGCCAUCACCGAGAUCACACCAGGCCACCCUUUCCAGGGUCAGUACAGCGUGGCGGACGUGAAGCUGCGGUUCUCACACUCAGUACAGAACAGUGAAAGGGGGCGGAGACUGGGCAGUGCAGUGAUGACCACAAGCAGGAGUGUAGUGCAGACUGGCAGAGCUGUAGGUCAGUCAGUGGGUGGAGCCUUGAACAGCGCAAAGUCUGUGAUGUCAUCAUGGUUCUCAACACUUUCUCAACCAGCAUUAAUAUCGGACCCACAGUCGACAACGACCAAGCAGUGACUGUGUCUCUCUGCAUACACACGCACUCCGUCAUCAUUUCACAUACUCACAGAUCUCACACACUACCUGUUUAUUGUGUCUGGUGCGUCUCUCUACUUGUCUGACCAAUCAGCAUUUAGUGCUGCCUCACCCUGAUCUGAGUGUGGUUAUCUGAAAUCAGCGGCCUUAACUGUCUGUCUGUCUGUCAUGGGCAGUUCAGGUUGGACUUAUUAUGUCAAAUUCAUAUAGAUAUAUAAAAUCUAAAAAAUAUAUUAUUGUAAUACUACUGUUCAGUGUGUGUUGUCUGUCUGUCUGUCUGUCAUGUUAUAGAGUGAUGCAUCAAUAUCCUUUUUGCCUUUUUUUUUUUUUUUUUUAAAUACACUCCUGAACGAAAUCUUCCAAGGGAAACAUUCCAGGUACUGUAUUUGAAUUUCACGCUGGUGGAUCAUAACCAGGUUGUUAGAACUGCUUCAAAAUGUCAAAAGAAGAAAAAGGAGCAUGAGACCAAAAAAAAAAGAGUUUGGCAAUUUAUUGAUGCAACUUUUUCCAGGAGGCUGGUGGAAAUGUUGCUCCAUGUGGUGAAGAUGGCUUCAUGAAUGGCAUCCGCAGUCUGGAACUGACGUCCGUUUUUGUAAACUUCCUCUGCCAUCCAUCUCCAAACAUUCUCAAGGGGAUUUAGAUCAGGGGAACACACAGGAUGGUCCGGAAGUGCAACAUUAUUGUCCUGGAAGACGUUGUUCGUCAGGCGGGUGUUGUGAACUGCAGUAUUGUCCUGUUGAAAGACCCAAUCAUUACCAGACAGAUGAGGGCCCUCGGUCAAGAGAGAUGCCUGCUGCAACCACAUAGCAUGUCCACAUAGCCAGCUGCCGUUUGACCCCACUGCACAACCUGAAGCUUUAUUUUCCAACUGAAUUAAAAACACCCCAGAUCAUGAUGGAGCCUCCUUCACUGUGCCGUAUAGAAAACAUCUCCAGUGGGAUCUCCUUGUCAUGUCAGAAGCCAUCAGGACCAUGCACGAUAAUUUUUUUUCUCGAUAAAACUUUGUUCCAUCUUUCACGAUAAACUUUGUUCCAUCCUUCAAUGUCCACACAAUGUCUCAUGUCUCCCUUGCAAAUUCCAAACGGGCAAGUUUGUGGUGUGGGUCCCAUUACUCAAGAUCUUUUAAGAAAUUUAAAAUGACUGUCUUACUGCGUCCAACCUCGGCAGCAAUGGGACGUUUAGAGAGCCCUUGCUUGUGCAGCUCAAUAAUCCUGCCAUGUUCAAAAACAGAAAGCCUUUUUGCUUUUGGCAUCAGGAGAUCAUGACAGUGUGACUGUCUAAAGGACAAUGACAUUUAAAGCCAUAUAUUUGCACAGAUUUUAACUUUUAAAGGCUAUGGUCUUAAACCUUUGAUGAUCAGCUAAUCAUCAGUAUGUCCAGUAUGUUUGAGUUUAAGUGCAGUUUUAAAUGAAUUGCCUACUAUGUAUUUUUUCUCUCUUGCUCUUGUUUCUUCUUUUGGCAUUUGGAAGAAGUAUUUACCUGAUAUCAAUCUAGUUACGAUCCACCAGCAUGACAUGUCAAUUGUGAUACUGUAAUGUGUGAAAUGUGACUUGUAAUAUUUACCCUGGAAUUAAGAUUUUUUUCAGGAGUGCAUAUAUAAAAUAUAUAUAUAUUUUUUUUUUAAUUUGUCACGACCAAGUAUGAGUGUGAGUACAGGUUUUUUGGUAUUCAAUGAAUCUGAUACUGAAAUGAGCAACAUCAUUAAGUACAUUUUAAGACCCUCAAAGGGUCACCGAUAUGUGUCUGUAUUUGAGCAUCUAUUUAUUUAUUUGUUUCUUUCCAUCCGUCUAUACGUCCGUCUCUCUGGUGUUAAAAUCUGUUGUCAGAUUUGUCUGAUAAGAAAUACUGCAUAUAAAACAGAUAAUAUAUUAAAUUAUAUUGAUCAAAUAAAUACCUACAUGAUAGUGAUAUAUCUACCAGAUUAGUUGCCAUUUGCCCUUUAAUAGGAAGUGGUUGUUAAACGUGAACUGAUAAACACAAAUGUAAACUUUUUUUUUUUUUUUUAAAGUAAGCAAGCUGUUCGUGUCACUCGUGUUCGCGAUCUCCCACACACUAAAAAAUUUUCACACCUGAGUUAGACUACCAUCACUACAGCACUGUCCUGAAACUCAAAAUCAAGGCCCAAGCAGUUAACACCAGUGUUUACUCCUAGCAUGUAGCUUAGUAUGUGAGUGGGCUUUUUGUUACAAGAUUAAAAAAUAGUCCCCUGGCUCAACAAAGGUGGACCUUAAGUUGAAUUUUGUGCUCCUGACAUCACUGCUAAGUCCAUUAGCCCUGCACUAAUGCAAUCUAACAUUAAUGUGUCGCAUCUUCUGGCAGCUAUCAGACUUUAGAAUCCGAGCUCCACCCUCAUUGUGAUCCUUGACCGCAUGGCUUCAUCUUUCGUCUCUGUUUGAUUUUUGAGACAUGUGUUCUGUGAUUUUGUUUUUAAAGAAUAGUUUAAUGGUUUUGCUUUCGUUUCAGCGCUGGUUUACACGUUUCUCUGAGGCAUCUUUUUGGUUGUUAGUCUUAAUAAAUUGGAAAUGAUCAGUUUCAA